GUUGACCAAUAGUGGGCUCCCUCCAGGUGCGGAGCCGCGCUACAGAGUGGCGUCACUCUGCGCGGACAACAACUGUGGAGAUGAUGGAAAACAAGCGGAACCAGGUGCUGAACCUUGAGCGGGUGCAGGCGCUGGAAACCUGGCUGAAAACAACCAACACAAAGCUGACUCAAGUUAACGGCCAGAGGAAGUAUGGAGGACCACCUGAGGUGUGGACUGGUCCCACCCCAGGAGCCCGCUGUGAGGUGUUCAUCAGCCAGAUCCCGCGGGACGCCUAUGAGGACCUCCUGAUUCCACUGUUCAGCUCCGUGGGGGCGCUCUGGGAGUUCAGGCUCAUGAUGAACUUCAGCGGCCAGAACCGCGGCUUCGCCUACGCCAAAUACGGCUCUGCAGCUGUAGCUUCUGACGCCAUCCGCAUGUUGCACGGUCAUAUGUUGGAGCCCGGCUUUCGCCUCAGUGUCCGCCGUAGCACAGAGAAGAGACACCUCUGUGUCGGAGAUCUGCCGGCCACCACCAAGCCAGAGGAGCUACUGCAGGUGCUGCGGGGACUGACAGAGGAGGUGCAGAGAGUGUCUCUGAAGGCUGGGCCUGGUAUAGAGGGGGUGUUGGCUAUAGUCGCCUUUUCAUCCCACCAUGCUGCCUCCAUGGCCAAGAAGACGCUGGUGGAAGUGUUCAAGAAGCAGUUUGCAUUGAGCGUCUCAGUCAAGUGGCAGUCAUCAGUGAAGCUGAGUCCGGACGACCCACAGCAGCCCUCUAAAAGCCUCCUGCCAUCACCCCUGAAGCCGCCGCGCCACAUCCUGAACUCCCCGCAGCCCUCAGUCCUGCCUCCUCGCCUGAUCCGCCCUCCAUCCAUGCCCCCAGGUUUCUGCAGAGCAGUGGGAGGACCCACUGCUCCCCAGCACCCUCACCCUCACCCUCCCUGCUCCUCCACCUACCAGGAGCAUCUGUCUUCUGCAUUCUCAGGAUCUCCAGUAAUGCUCCUCCACAAAAUGUGUGAGGCGACUGGGGUCGGCCAGCCGCUCUAUGAGAUAUACUACAGCCACACUGGGCCAGAUGGAUUCCUCUGCUUUACCUUUAAGGUGUGCAUCCCCGGGAUAACCAUGGCCUUCAAAGGGCUGGUCAUGAUCUUACCGGGACCCACAGCCACCAACAUGCUGGAGGAGGCUCAGCAGGCUGCAGCCCAGAAGGUCCUGCAGUCUGUUUACAACAAGCAGUUCUCCCACUGAUGAGCUCAUCAGGUGACAUACAGUCCACCUCCUCCUCGCUGUACUGUUGCAGGCUCUGUUUGUUUUGUCAGUUAUCCUUAAAAAAAAAAGCUAUAUCUUACAUGUAGUUUGUUUAUUUAUGCAUGUUUUUUUUAUUAGACUUGUUUGUCUUGUUUGAAUUUGCAUGGUUUGUUUUAUGCAUGCUUUUUAUAGUCUGUUACUGUUGGAUUGGUUCCUCAUUUUAAUUAAAUGAGAUUUGAAAAGAAAA